AUGAAUAAAUUUACUCAGACCUUUCAAUAGUAACACUUAGAAACUCUGUAUCAGAAAGAAAAGGAACAAUAUUGUUAUGAUAACUUCAAGAAAACAGCCUUGCUUUCUUUUAUAAUAGCACUAAUACGAUUAAUAAGUUUUGCUAAUGAAGAGAAUAUUGCUGGCAUAUUAAUCACAUCGAUUAUCCUAUCCAUUAUAUUACUGAUGUCUAUUUUAAUUUUAAAAUUCUGUCCAUCUGGCACAAUAUUUUGUAUGGUCUUUAUUAACAAUUUGCUUAUUUUACACCAAAUUCAUGAUUAAUAAGGCACGAAUCAAUUCAUUCUUGGCACAAACUUAGCUAUUGCACAUACUUCAAUACUAUUAAUUAUUGAUUAUAAAUUGGCAGCAAUCAAUAUUUUUUGUUAAACCGUAUUCAAAUUGUUAAUAGCAGGACUUUUUGAUGGCAAAACUGAUAGUUGUUCAGUCAUAUUAUCCAUUUUGUGUCCCAUUUGUUUUGUUUCUGUAGUGUACACAAUUGAAAAGGAAAGAAGACUCUUGUUUUUGAGUAACAAUCAAGGGAAUGAUUGGCAUUAAUUAUUGCCUUCAGUAAUAAGCGACCCAUUUGUGCUAUUCUCAUUUGAUCACCAUAGAAUGUGCUUUAAGUACAAGAACUCUAAUAAAAUCGAUAGAUUUCCAUAUUGCACUUAGGAAUUCAAUUAGGAGGAUAAUUUUAGAUAAUUUUUCAGACUAUAACACAUUUCUGGUGUAACAAUUGAAUAAUUCAUACUGAACAGAAUCGAUAAAAAAUCCAAGUUUUUCGAUCUAAAUUAGUUUACACUAAGACCAAAUUAAUAUGACUCUGUUGAUUUUGAAGAGACAAAUAUUCUACUUGCAGAGUUAUAUAACUUGGAUGACAACUUCUUAAUUGUCUUAGAGUAAUCUAAUUAAAGAACAUAGUAUUUACAAUCGACGAAGGAUAAACUAAUUAAUUUGAUUGGUUAGCAUCAAUCCAUAGUGUACAACUUUCUAAAGAAACAGGCGACAUUAAUCAAUUUGAGUCUACAGAAUGAAACAUCUAGAGUCCAAAUACUUUAUCAAUUAAAACUUCAUCACUUGUAUUUCCAAGGCAAAUACAAGAUAUCAAAUUCGUUUUCAUAAGCCAAAACAUAAUUUGAAACUGUCUCUAUUGAUUAUAAGCAACUUUUUCUGGCUAUAAUUUCACUCUUUAAAAAGGCAUAUCCCGAUGUUAAUCUUCAAUUUGAUUGCACAGAUACUAAGUUUGAUGUGGUUCAUUACAAAGAUAUACCUUAAGAUUUCAUCAUUCAAUUAUUGUAGAUUACACUGAGGAAAACAACUCUGGAUCAAAGAUCCAAGAUCAGAAUCAUUUUGCACUCCAAAUUCGAGAUUUUGUUUGUUUAGAUAAUUUGUCUCAAUUCUUUUAUUCUAUUUGAAAAUCUGAACAAGAAUUCAGUCAUUAAGUUGUAUCUUAAAUUGCAUUCUCCUGACUCUGAGAUUAGGAUCGGUGACAAUGCAAUCAAUAUUUAGUUAUAUAGGGAUGUAUCGUAGUUAAAGUCCAUGAAUAAGUUUCAAGAUGAAAAUUGA